CUACAAAAGAUAUCGUGUGUAAUGGAAGAAGGUUGGCUUGCAAUCUUUCUAUAUACUCUUUUCAUGUUUUCUGCCGAAGGUGCGCCUUCGUUUACUGCAAACCCUCCAAAAACAUUCUUUGCUGUGGAAGGUGAAAACAUUACCCUGGAAUGGAAGUAUACAUUUAGCAAAGGGGAGUCAUUCCGUCAGGCGUUAUUCGUAAUGGGUAACCUUCAGCUUGCGGACAAAAUAGCUUCCGAUAGCAGAUCCUGGAUAAGACCCGCGUACAAAGGUCGUUUAUGCGUGAACAUAACAAACCAUUACACAUCAAUUACUCUCCUUCGAGUGAAGAGAGCAGACAAGGGAAGCUACACGUUUGAAAUAAAUACUAACCCAGAUAAAGAUAGAACUUCAAGUGUAGUGGAGAUUUCAGUCGACCUGCACAUACCAGAGAUCACUGUUCACCCGCAAAAUGUAACUCAUAAAGAAGGAGACAAUGCCACCUUAAAUUGUAACGCCAUGGGAAAUCCUGUACCAAAAAUAUCAUGGAAUAAGGAAGGAUUACCUCUUGGUAACACCAGUAUCAGUUUGUCAGCGGAUAACAAGCAGCUUACUAUAAAGAAUGUGAAAAGAGUAGACAGCGGAGAAUACCGAUGUGUGGCCACCAACAGCCUUGGGAAUGAUACAUCCAAUCCUGCUUUCCUUGGAGUGCAAUAUAAGCCCGAGAUACGCACCGUUCCACGAUUGAUUCAGAGAACCGAAGGAGACGAGUUAUCUUUAUUUUGCAACGCCACUGGAAAUCCAGUACCUCUAAUAUCAUGGACUAAAAACGGGUUUUCUCUGGACACCAGUAACAAUUCCAGAAUAAAUUUUUCUAACAAAGGAAAGCAGUUCACAAUAAAUAAUGUUAGCAAAAGAGAUGGUGGAGUGUACCUAUGUGUUGCAGAAAACAGUCUUGGAAAUGCUACCUCCCAUGGUGCUAACCUAGAAGUGCAUUUUGAACCCGCAGUGUCAAUCGAUGGCAAUCAGAAACAAUAUGUGGCCAAGGGCGGCAAUAUCCGGCUGAUAUGUCGGUAUGAAGCGUCGCCGCCAGUGUCUGAAGUGCAGUGGAUAAAAGAAGGAACUGUGAUUGUUAGGAAUGCUUCGAAGCUGAUCAAUGGUUCUAGAGUGACAAUUCCAUCCUUUAAUGAAAGUCAAGUACAGUUAUCAAUCACUAAAGCUUCCUUAAGGGAUGAAGGAAAUUACACCUGUAACGCCAGUAACAUUUUUAGCAGCACACAGGACACGACAAUGAUCAUAAUUGAAGAUAAACCUGAGAUCGCAGCUCAUCCUCACAACAUCACAACAGAGGAAGGUCAUGACGUGACUUUGUAUUGUAAUGCUACUGGAAAUCCAGCCCCGACCAUAUCAUGGACCAAAUAUGGAAAUCCAAUAAGUAACGGCUCCAGGAUCAUUUUGUCACCAAGCCACGAACAGUUGACAAUAAUGAAUGUGAACAGAAUAGACAGUGGCAAAUACAAAUGUCAAGCGAAAAACGGAGUUGGAACGGAUACUUCUUACGCUUCCACGGUUACUGUUCACUAUCAAGCUGAGAUAGUUUCUCAUCCCCAAGCGAUUGUCACAGAAGAUGAGGGAAAUAAUUUAACUUUAUUUUGUAAUGCCACUGCAAACCCAGCAGCGAAAAUAUCAUGGACCAAAGAUGGUUCUCUUAUAAACAAUAAUUCCAGGAUCAAUUUUUCAGACGAUAAUAAGCGCUUGAUUAUACGAAAUGUAAACAGAAACGACAAGGGGAGUUACCGAUGUGUGGCGAAGAACAGCCUUGGAAAUGAUGCCUCAAACGUUUCUUCUGUUGAUAUCCAAUAUCAACCGGAAAUUAUCACCGAUCCCUCUGAUGACCUGGUAAAAGAAGGAAAAAACACCACAUUAUAUUGUAACGCGACUGGAAAUCCAUUACCAGAAAUAUCGUGGGAAAGAAAUGGAAAUCCUCUCGGCAAUAAUUCCAAGAUCAGUUUAUCAGCAGAAAGGAAAGAGUUGAAAAUACUAAAUGUGUACAGGACAGACAGUGGAACAUACCGGUGUGUGGCUGUCAAUAGAAUUGGUAAUGCCACCUCGCGUAAUGCCACGUUAGUUGUGAAAUAUCGACCUGAGAUAGUUACUGAACCGCAGAAUGUUACGAAAGCAGAAGGGAAGAAUGUGACAUUAACUUGUAAUGCUACUGGAAAUCCAGAGCCAGAGCUAUCAUGGUUCAGUGAUCAGCAUCUCGUGAAAAGCAGCAACAGGAUUAGUUUGUCAGCAGGCAACCAGUCGCUGAUGAUAGCGAAUGUGAACAGAACAGAUAGCGGAAAGUACCUGUGUGUCGCCCAUAAUGAAGUUGGAAACGUUUACUUAAAAGUUGCAAUAUUAAAUGUUCAAUACCAACCAGAAAUUAUUACCGAUCCCUCUGAUGACGUGGUAAAAGAAGGAAAAAACACCACAUUAUAUUGUAACACGACUGGAAAUCCAUUACCUGAAAUAUCGUGGGAAAGAAAUGGAAAUCCUAUCGGCGAUAUUUCCAAGACCAGUCAUUCAGAGUUGAAAAUAAUAAAUGUGUACAGGACAGACAGUGGAAAAUACCGAUGUGUGGCUCUCAAUAGAAUUGGUAGUGUCACGUCACGUAAUGCUACAUUAUUUGUAGAAUACCAAAGUAAGAUCACCACUCAUCCUAGUAAUGAAACAAAAAGAGAGGGAGAAAACGUUACGUUACACUGCAAUGCUACUGGAUAUCCUCCCCCUGCUCUAUCAUGGACCAAAGAUGGGUCUGACAUAAGUAACAACUCCAGGAUUAGCUUUUCAGCGGACAAAGAGCAGUUGGCAAUAACCAAAGCGAGCCGAGUAGACAGCGGAGUAUACCAAUGUGUGGCGUCUAACCGUCUUGGAAAUGACACGUCUGGUGCUGCUUUCGUAGAUGUCCAGUUUGCACCUGGAAUCUCCAUACCUCCGAGGAAUGUCACAGUAGUAAAAGGAGAACAUGUGACUUUUACUUGUUCAGUGGCGGGGAACCCUACACCCAGUGUUAUUUGGACAAACAAUGGAGAAGACCUGGAUGUAGCAGCGAACAGUCGAUUCAAAUUGUCGUCUAGGAACCAUAAUCACAGCUUAGAAAUUGCAGAAGUUGACCUCUCAGACUCAGGGCAAUACAUAUGUGUGGCUAAUAACAGCCAGGGUAAACUAUUCUCAUCUGCAGCUACCCUCACUGUACAAUAUGUACCUGACCCACCUAAGGAUUUCAAAGUCAUCUCAGGGGGAUCACGGUUAAUUAAUAUCUCCUGGACAGCUGGUUUUAAUGGAAACAGUGCCAUCCAGAACUACACAGUGGAAAUCCGUCAAGAUGGGCGACGUUUUAGAGAUGCUAUAUGUCAAGGAACACUCUUAGUCAAUGCUUGUGUGAUUUACGCCACAAGAGUUUCUAUAAAAGAGCUGUUUCCUUGGACAACAUAUUACCUCAGGGCUUUUGCCAGGAACAGAAUUGGCUCUAGUAACUACAGCUUCGUUGUAGGAGUUACCACCCAUGAAGAAGUGCCAAGCGAGGCUCCGUCUUUUGUUGUGACUGUUCUCAAUUCAACUGCUGUAAAUGUUUCCUGGCAGGUGCUGAGGAAGGAAAAAGCUAGAGGUGCAAUUUUUGGCUAUUAUGUUUUGUACCGGGUGAAAAGAACUCUUCCUUGGAUUAAUAAAACUGUUGAUGGAGCCGAAACCACAUCACUUUUGGUGGGACCACUGAGUGAACACACUACAUACGAGUUUUCCAUGCAGGUGUUUAACGGUAAUGGUGUUAGUAAUUUAAGUGCUUUGGUGGAGAAGACUACCGAUCAGCAAAAGCCGAGUGGGCCACCACAACAAGUCACACUAAGUGGGUUAACAUCAAAAAGUAUCAGAAUAACCUGGGACCCAGUCCCUCCUGCUGAUCGUAAUGGAAUCAUCCAAGGAUAUAAACUGAGUUAUCAAGCCUUACCAAAUGGUGACAUCGUUACCAAAUUCUUCAAUAUCAGCAUUAAGCAACAGGAUGAAGGAGCGAAAAAGACUUUAAACAAUUUGAACGAGUUUACAAACUACAGCAUAGGUGUGUUAGCAUUCACUUUGUACGGGGAUGGACCACCAAGUGUUGCCCAGCUUGUGCAAACACUGCAGGACAAGCCUACCGCUCCCCCUUCGAAUGUGAGAGGAAAUAACAUUAGCUCAACCAGCAUCUUAGUAGAGUGGGAUGAAGUUCCAGCUUUUGAUCAGAAUGGUAUCAUCACGAGUUACAACAUAACUUAUCACUCACUGACAGAGAAUCACAGGAACAGUACAACAGUGGAUUUUCCAGGACGUCAAUUGACUCUGAUUGGUCUAAAAGAGUUUGUUAAAUACAACAUCACUGUGUCUGCUUCUACGAAGAUAGGACCUGGACCAGCUAGUUAUCCUAUAAUUGUCAUUACUGACGAGGAUAAACCCUCUGCUCCUCCUGCGAAUGUGAAAGGGCGUAACACCAGCUCAACCAGCAUCUUAGUCGAGUGGGGUAAAGUGCCAUCAGCUUAUCGGAAUGGUAUUAUCACGAGUUACAACAUUACUUAUCACUCACUAACAGAGAAUCCCAGUGACAGUACAACAGUUGAUUUUCCAGGACGUCAGGUGACUCUGAUGGGUCUUAAAAAGUUCGUCAACUACAGCAUCACGGUGUUUGCAUCCACGGUGGUAGGAAACGGACCAGCCAGUGAUCCUAUUUUUGUCAGUUCUGACGAAGAUAGACCAAGUCGUGGACCAGAAAAUGUUUCUUCUCGUGAAGUUAACUAUACGACAAACAAAAUCACUUGGAUUGCAUUACCUAAAGAGACGGCAAAUGGCUUCAUUGAACUUUACGAAGUCCAUCUCGAAUUAAAGGAGAGCUGUUUAAAGGUUGACUCCACGUUUCAUGCAAUGAAUACAACCAAAUCAAGUGUGUUACUGACUGGCCUCUGGAUGUGUGCAAAGUAUGACGUGUCCGUAAGAGGUUACACAGUGGCGGGGCCUGGACCCUUUAGCAAAGCUAUAGUUGUUCAAACAAAAGGUUUGAAAUUAUCCAAACUGUGGUCAGAAGAAACACCCUCUUCACCAACCUUCUCCCAGACCUCAAGUGGAGAAGGCAUAACAGCAAAAAUAACAUUACCACGCUUUCCAGGAAAUGCAAAGUUCUUUCAAGUCAUCGUUAUUAGAUACAGCUUGGACUAUACUGGUGUGGUGAACUCGCCUGAUAGUUUUACGCCAAAGGAUUUGAUGACAUAUGAGGAGGCCCACAAAUCUUCGGUUCCUGCAGCGUAUGUCACUUUCCAGUUUAGAGGACACGACUCUGAUGCCUUCCGAAAAUUUACAGUCGGAGAUGGUGCACAUUCAAACAGUAAAACGAGAAAAAGGAGAAGUAAUGAUGGGGAGGACUUUCUCAACAAACCUCUCCAGCCAAAUACCAUAUACAGGGUGUUUCUCAGAGCUUUUAUCGAUAAGACGGUGUACCUUUCGAGUAACUUUGUAACGAUUGAAACCAAAGGUAAGCCCAACGUCAAAGGCCUAGCUGAAAGAACCAUUUUUCAAGUCGGCGAUGUGGUAGUAUUAACAUGUGAGGCUAUUGGAGAUCCUAAACCCUCUGUUACAUGGAGUAAAGAUGGAAAUACCAAUAUACCUCGGGCUCAAUUCAGGAACGAUGGCCACAUUCUUGUUAUUCAAGAGGUCGCACCUCGUGACGGAGGCAUUUAUGAAUGCAGAGCGUCAAACAUUUUUGGGCAACGCCGUACAGCUACAGCAGUGAUCAUCGCUGUGCCGCCCAGCAUCAGGAAAGACGUUUCCCCACCAUCAGUUAUUUGCGCAAAAGACACUCCCUGUACUUUGCUAUGCCAUGCAACUAGUGCCAUUCCAUUUAACUACUCUUGGACAAGAAAUGACCAUGCUCUCAACGGCCGUAACAUUAAAGUCGUAAACAACACUCUUAUUGUUACUCCCCUUGAUGAUCAAGAUUUUGGAGAUUAUGUGUGUCACGCCACAAACUUAUUUGGAUCUACGACUUACAAAAUAACUUUAUCGGAAAGCCUGGAGGACGAACAUAAUGUUCAGAGCAUCUUUCAGGCUGGUCACAUUGCAUGGUCAUGCAUCGUUUUCGUGUUGCUAGUUUUGAUUGGUCUAUUGAUACGGUGGCUUAGGAGAGCUCGGGCGAUCAACAGAACAGCGACUGCUGAGAAAGCCAUUAUUGUAGAUGCUAUCCAGUCUGCCUUGCCACUGGAACAGCAUAUGUCAGAGCCAGCUUCAUAUAUGGAACUACAACCCAGACCUUCGGAUGGGCAAACACGAGUACCCUCUGAAUAUCAGUCCUUACCAGGGGGCCACGUGAACGCUGGGUAUUACAACGUUGUUCCCGAAGAAGCAAAUAAAAAGGGACCAUCUGAAGAAAUUUAUGAAGAAAUAGAGCUUUAUGAUUGUUAAUUUCUAGUUUUUUUUUUAUGAGUUCAGUGUUUCACAGUCGCAAGGAAUCAAAAUAAAUGAUUCCAACCAUACUGAAGCUUACACGUCAGAAAGGAGCGUACUUAUGUGCAUUGCCUAUACAGUGGAUGAGUGCAGAUUACACUGAAUCUGUUUGAAAGGUGAAUUGUGUAGUGCUUUCAUUGUGUUGACCCUCAACUAAGAUCUCACCAGCUGAAAACGCAUGCUAUCAAAAGCGAAGGAGAUGUAAAUGUUAGUGUAUCAGUAGGAUGUUACCAUUUUCAAAGCCACGAUGUCAUGUAUUGGGAGCAAAGAGACAUUAUAUCUUAUUUGCUUUUUGUAACAAGGGGAGGGCCAGUCUUUGCGUUCAGUGAAAUGUUUGUCUUUGGUAAGGUUGGCAAACAAAUUAAGUGUUAAGUAGGAUCCAUUGCUCAUCGACUUGUAACACGGUGGCUUUGAUUUAUUUUAAACUUUGUCAAAAACCA